AUGUAUGUGAAAUGGUUUGAUACAGUAAUGUUUUACUAUGUUAUUUUAGUGAAUUUAGUGAAUGUCACUUUUACAACUUUCAAAUUUCCCGCUAGUUCCGUUCCCCAUACGUCCCGGCGUCACAGGGAACGGAACGCAGAAGACAGAUGAUGUCAUCGGCUGGAGGACAUUGCCGGGGACACUGCAGGAGGGGCAUCGCGGGAGCGCAGGACAAGGUAAGAGAAGAACAGAUCCCAUGCAAGGUAUUCCCGAGUGUAGCUCGGGGUUACCGCUUGUGCUACACUCGGGAAUACCGCCAGGGAGGUUA